AUGGAGACUGGGGGAACUACGGGAGCAGAGCUGCGGGGGCUCGGCGGCGAAUCGGGGGACGCAGGCACCAAGGUGCCGGGGACAGGGCGGCUGAAGGCGGGAGAGGAGAGGCGGGGGCGGGGGCCGGGCCGCGGCCCCCGAGGCAACCGCGGCGGCUCCAGCCCGAUCCGCCGGCAGCCGAAGGCAGAGUCUGUGUCCGGCUGCGAGCGAGCCUGGAGCGGGGAGCGCGGGAGGCGCGCUGUGAGGCGCGGGGCGCCGCCCGGCGGGCAGCGAGGGAACUGCGGCGGCCCCGCUCGCGCCGGCCGGGGGGGCGCCCCUUCGGGGCCGGCCCGCACCCCGCGGGCAGCCGCAAGCCCCUGCGACCACUCCGGACGCCUCCGGGCGCGCCCAGAGCCCAGGAGCAGGGGCAGCGGAGCGGCGGCAGUGGCCGCCCGGGGGCGGGUCCGAGAGACCCCGCAAACUUGCGGCUACCGGCGCCGGCCAAGCGGCAGGCGCCCUGCUGGGGAGCGGCGCUGGGCCGGGACGACGGACGUUUGGCAGGCCGAGGCGCGGGCGCGGCGGUGUCUGGAGCUCAGGGAGCUGAACAGCAACAGCUUGCAUUUGAUGGUUCCAAGGAACUACUUAAUGAACACAAACUUCUUGGGAGGAGCUGUCAUUUCAUGUUACCCACGAAGAGCAGCUAGGAGAGGUGAAGGAACCAGCCUGAGUACACAGGAAGAGGAGUCACCAUACUGGACAGGACUCCAUUUCUCCAGAUGAACAUUAUUUAGCACCUGUGUGCCAAGACCAAACCACCCACACAAAUGUGACUUCCAAAAGCCUUCAUAUCAGCUUUGCAAGGUAGGUGUAAAGUAAAUCUAACCCCAUGUCACAGAUGAGGAAACCUGUUCAAGUUUAAGAUCACCUGCAAGUUUAAGGCCCUGAGGUGAAUGGGCUACACAGCUGAGGUUUAACUCCAGCUCUGUUCUCUCACUCUGGAACUCA